AUGGCAAGUAUAACUAGUCGAAGUGAAUUAUGUCCAGUACUUGAUUCGGAUUUAUUUACGUUUAAACCAAAACUUAAUGAUAAAAGUAAUGAAAUAGCUCAAAAUCUUUUAUCUAAUUUUUAUGAACGUCAAUUGAAACAUCAACAACGUUUGCAAGAAUUUCAAGAGAUAGCUGCUGGAAAUUAUCGUGAAUGGUAUUGCCAUGAUAAACGAACGAAAAAUCGACAAGAAAAUACAAAAUUGAAUUCAGAAACUCAAUCUGCUGUAGAUGAACCAGUGUCUAAUGAUGAUAAAGAACCACCGGCAUCAUCCGGAAAGGCAGCCCAUCAACUAAAUGAUCGUAUAGCAAAAUUAAUUCAAGCAUAUGGUUCAUCUUUACCAAAAAAAACAAAAUUACCAGCAAUAUUGCUACCAAUACGACAGACAAAACGUGUACCAAGACAAUCGGCACCGGCACAAUUAGAAGUACAGGAGCCCGUCAAGCCCUCAUCAUCAUCAUCAUCGCCACCACCGGAAUCGCCAUCUCUACCAUCCUCAUUACCGACGGCACCAGUACCACCACCUCCAGCUUCCUCAUCACCACCGCCACCAGUGCUACCACCUCCAUCAUCUUCAUCACCGCCGCCACUACCACCUGCGCCUGUACUUGCACCUAUUGUGAAAGGUCCUACUCGUCGAGUACCUGCACCAGUUCGACCUAAAACACCACCUAAAGUUGUUCGUCGAGUUGAUUCACCACCCAGACGUCCUUUAAUAAAUGAUACAAUCAAUCCAGAACGACUUAGACUUGCACGAGAAGAAGCUGAACGAGCCAUAAAAGAUCAUAAAAUAUUUACAAUCAUCGGUCCAUAUCCUGCCUUACGAGACGCUCUACGACGUCGUGGUUGGAUUGAAAAAUUCGAUCGUGCUCUAUUAUUUCCACCUGUUCAUGACAAGAAAAAGUCCGAUAAAAAGCAUAAUAAAAGUGAUGAUGAUGAUGACGAUGAUGAUGAUGAAGUAUUAGGCGAUGAUGAUCUUAAUGAAAAUCCUCUUGAUGGCGAGGAUAAUGGAAUUCCACCAUGGGAAGAAAAUGAUGGGUAUUAUGGAAUUCUCUCACGUCUUGUUAAAUCAGCUGUACCAGAUUUAGUAUGGACUGUACAAGCUACAUAUGAUACAAGUACUUUAAAUAAAGAUCAAAUGGUCAAUCAUUAUGAACGAAAUGGUUGUUUAACAACAAAAGUUGGACUUUGUAGUAGUCUAAAAAGUUUACCAUGGUUUCAUUCUGGUUGUGCUGAUGAAUUCUAUCCUCGAUGUUAUAAAUUAACGCAUGACGAUGAAAGAACUGCAUUUAUUGAUGAUUAUCGUUUAACAGCAUGUAUAAGUUUUCUUAAACUUGUUCGAAAUCGAUGUAAAGGAACUAUUGAACCUAAUAUAAAUGCAAGUUUAGAUAUGAGUCUAAGUCAACCAUCAUUACAAAAAGUUCCAUCAACAUUUACUCAAUUUGCUCUAGAAAAAGUUGAACAAUUUACAUUAGCACGUGAUCAUGAGGAUAUUGAUAUAAAGCAAAAUUCACAGAAAGAUUCAACAGAAGAACAAUGGAAAAAAUUUAUCGAACAAUUCUAUGCUGCAUCACAUUCUUAUGCAGAGAUUGAUGAUAUGAAAACAUAUUUAAAUAGAAUUGAAAAAUGUUUGAAAAAUGUUGAACAACAUUGGCCACAAUAUAAUAUUGAUGGCACAAGAAAUAUUUGGAUAUCAAAGCCAGGCGCAAUGUCAAGAGGACGAGGAAUUGUUGUUUAUGAUCGUCUUGAUGACAUGUUAAAAUUGUGUACAUCAACAGUAUCAGAUAAAGCAAAAUUUAUUGUUCAAAAAUAUAUAGAACGUCCAUUACUUGUUCAUAAUACAAAAUUUGAUAUACGUCAAUGGUUUUUAGUAACUGAUUGGAAUCCAUUAACAAUAUGGAUGUAUAAAGAUUGUUAUUUUCGAUUCUGUACUGAACAUUUUAGUCUAGCAACACGAAAUCAAAAUGUACAUUUAUGUAAUUAUUCAGUACAAAAACAUUAUAAAAAUAAUUCAAAUCGACACAGUGACUUACCAGCGGAAAAUAUGUGGACAAGUCCAGAAUUUAUUGAUAAAUAUCUUCGACCUAAGAAAUUAGCUGGUAAAUGGGAUUCAUUUAUUUAUCCUGCUAUGAAAGAUGCAAUUAUAUGUUCAAUGCUUGUUGCACAAGAUACAAUUGAUACAAGAAAAAAUUCAUUUGAAUUAUAUGGUGCAGAUUUUAUGCUCGGUGAAGAUCUUCAACCAUGGCUUAUUGAAAUAAAUUGUAGUCCAACAAUGGCUCGUUGUACUGCAGUAACAAAAGAAAUGUGUGAUAGUGUUCUUGAAGAUACUGUCAAAGUUAUAAUUGAUCGAAAAUAUGAUCGAGUAGAGGAGACCGGUCGUUUUGAAUUAAUACACAAAGGAAUACCUGUACCAAUUCCGAAUUAUGUUGGAAUUGACCUUCGUGUAGAAGGUAAACAUUGUAAAACUGGACGAACAUAUAAUAAUAAUAAUCAAUCUCGAAAUAAUAAUACCAAAAAUAAUGUGCCUGCUUCUGCACCAUUAGAAACUAAUUCAUCAAAAACUGGUCAACUUGAAUCGAAUUCUUCACAUUCAAUUAGUGCUCUUGCUAUUCAUACUGAUACUUCCUUAAAAACUAAUAAGAAAACAUCACCUACAACCGACGCGAGUGACUCAAGUUCAUCAAAUGAUUUAAUAUCUGAAAAAACUUCUCUUGGUUUUACAACUAAACCAUCAAAAGCAAAACGUAUUUCAGCUGAUACACUUCCUAUUGAUAAAUUGAAUCGAUCAAAAACAAAUGAUGCUAUAUUACUAUCAUCAUCAUCAUCAAAAGAAAACAAGGAUAAUAAUGUUUCGAAAAUAAAUGUCGGUGAGAUUGUAUUUGAAGAUGAAGAAAUAAAAUCGCCUGGUAAUUUACCAUUUUUUAAUCGACUACAAAAUACUUUAUUACCUCAUAAAAAACAAGAUGAAGAUCAUUCGAAAAUUUUACAACGACAAGAAACAAUAUUUGAUUCGGCUUCCAAUAUUUCUACUUCAUCAACAAUCCAUACUGAUAAUGAUCAUACAACGGUUAUUUCAGUGGCGUAA